UGGAGCAGAGUGAGCGAGGAGAUCCAGGCGCUGCUGUCCCCCAGCUCCCAGCUGGGACCCCAGGGUCCAGGAACAUCAGGGGGACAGCACGCUUGAUCCCCCUGGACUCAGCUGGAGCAUAUGGAGAGCAGACAGCUUUCCUUCCCCACGGGAGAAAACGGAAAGGGAAAAGAGGUCUUUGGACGCUGCUCCUCUGCCUGCCUGGACAAGAUAAAUUCCUGCAAAAUCCUCCUUGGAGACGUGUAUCCUCCAGGUGAAUCCCUGCGGCUGGGUCUCUGAAAGCUGCACUCCCGUGGCUCCUGUCUCAUUCUUCUGCUUGCAAGAGGAGUAAAACUGGGCUUGUGCCUGACACGUGGCCGCCUGCCCUCUUGGACACUGCCCGUGCUCCAAGGGACGCGGCCGGAGAGAAGCCAGCCCCCCGGCCAUGCUGACAGGGUUUGAAAGGCCCUGGAGUGCCAGUGAAGGGAAGUGGCAAAGAUGCUAAAGGCAACGCUGCGGCAGCCCUGCCUGCAAACCCAGCCCGACUGCCCCCCACCCGGCGAGGCUGCGCAGAACCUGUGUGUCUGCAGGAUGGCCGAGGGGGACACCGAGGGGGACACUGGCUGUUGGCAGGAGAUGGAGAGCAGAGGGGGACAGAGGUGCCAUCAGCUCCGGGGUGCUCCCACCUCCCAGCCAGUCGAGCAGGAGGGAUGGACAGGGCUGGUGGGAGGGAAGACAAGCGGGAGCUGCCGGCAGGAGCCAGGGGUGCUCAACAGGGACGCGCUGGUUCCCGCACUGGAUGGCAGCAACCUGGCCUCAGCAACUGAACUCACAGCCCCUCCAGAAUGCCCCAGCUCUGCCCCAGAGCUGCCUCCCCCAGCAGCCAGCCCUGUGGCUGACGACAGCCAGGAGUGGAAAGUGGUGAAGAUCCAGCGGGUCAUCAUCAACCCCACCAGCGAGCUAAGGAAAGUGGGUCUCUCCCGCAGUGCCAGCCUCUCCGAGAAGGAGCUGAAGGAGGCGAAGGCACGAAGCCGGAAGAUCGCGGCGCAGCUCACCACGGCACCCAGCCCCAGCUCCAAGGGCGUCCUGCUCUUCAACCGCCGCAAGCAGCGUGUUGAUGGGCUCACCGGGGCCGGGCAUGGCGGGGGGCUGCUGCUGAGCCCUGCACCCCGGCCUCGGCAAGCAGCCAUGGAGGAGGGCGAGGGGCAGGAGACGAAGCCAGAGCCAGGCACCUCGGGAGAGGAGCUGCGCGUGAACACCUCCCCAUGCCGGGAGCCUGCCGAGGUGCAGCAGGUCCCCCUUAGCAUCUAUCUGAAGGAGAACAUGGCAUCAGCUGCCACCAACGGCGUGCAGGAGCAGGCGACUGGCGGGAUGCAGAGUGGGGUGGGGGUGCUCAGGGAUGCGGGAGCCCCCGCAGGGCCAAGGACAGUGGCUCUCGCCCCACUGCAGAGCCCCGAGGAGGGGAAGAAUGGCAAAGUGCCCAGCGAGGUGCCCAGCAAGGCGCCCAGCGACAUGCCCAACGAUCCGGCAGGGACAGCCACAGGGAGAGCAUCCCCGGCUGGCCAGAGGCAGAAUGGGGUGCAGGGCCGGCAGUACUACGAGGUUCAUCUCACUCUGGCCAAGCCCAAGCCUGUGAAGAACCGGACGGCCAGACCCUUUGGCAUCCAGGCAUCCCCCGCCAGCAGCCCACCCACGGAGGGAACCCCCGUCCCCAAGCUGCCCCCGCCACCCACCUAUGCAGAGACCCUGAGCAGCCCCCCACCGCUCACCCGUGUCUGCUCACCCCCUGCCUACUCGGCCCUGUACCCGCUCCGGGAGCAGAAGAUGCUGCCAGGUCCCCCCCUGAGCUGUGGGGUGAGUGGACCAAACCCCCUGCCCAAAACAGGGAUCUUGGAGGAGUCGGCUGCUCGGAGAGGCAGCAAAAAGUCCAUGUUCACCUUCGUUGAGAAGCCAAAGCUGGGCCCCAACCCGGAUCUGCUGGACCUGGUCCAGAGCGCAGACAGCAGGAAGAAGCAGAAGGAGCAGGGCAAGCCCAGUGCUGAGGACGAGCCCUUUGCACUCGGGGCUGAAGCUGCCAACUUUGUCCCCAACAGCACGCCCGGGGAUGGGCAGCACCUCCCACCAGCUGACAAUGCUCCGGCGUGGUCCUCCUGCCUCAAGUCUCCCACCAUCCAGCCCAAGCCAAAGCCACAGCCCAGCCACAACCUCAGUGAAGCCAGAGGGAAGGGGGCCGAGCUCUUCGCCCGCCGGCAGUCCAGGAUGGAGAAGUUCAUCAUCGAGGCUCCCUCCCAGCCUGAGCUGCUGCGGUCCCCAUCGCCCACCAUGUCCCUGCCUCCCUCCUGGAAGUACGAUGCCAAUGCUUGCCUGUCACCCAUGGUCUCCAGGCACCCUUCCAAGAGUCCUUCCAGACCCUCCAAAACCCCCCCAGCCUCUCUGUAUGGCAGCAACCUGAUGGAGAACGAGGUCUCCCAGAAGGAGCUAGAGAUCUCUAAGCACCAGCCCUAUCAGCUCCAGUCUUCACUCUUCAUCCUCUCCCCAUCCAAGGGGCCGACGAGCUCCGUGCCCUGCGAGAUGCCUCCACCCAGACCCUCUCUUCCCAAUGCCUACCCCUACCCCCAGCAAACCUCCUGCCCGACCUCUCCAUUGCCUCCUUCCCCGGUCUGGCAUCCCCCCACCAUGCCCAGUGCUGGCCAGACCACCUCCAGCCCCUUCCCCAGCACCGCCGCUCUGCCUCUGACUCGUCCUGAAGCCGAGGUGCUGCUGGGCUCCCCAUGCCGCCCGCUGCCACCUCGGGCCAAGGGGGGCUUCCAGGCGCCCCGACCCUCCUAUUCCACCAGGAACGCUGGCAUCGAGCCACAGGAAAGGCGGUCGUCCCUCCCUGCAUCACCUACCUGGACGCCCCGGCUGUCGCGGCGCCUGGGCAGUCUGGACGGCUGGGCCAGCCCGGCCUCGGUGCCCGAGCUGGAUGAGGGGCCCCCCAUGUCCCCAGCGUGGAGCGAGAGGUCCCUGUCCCCGCUGCGGCAGGACAUUGACCCCCGGGCCAGCCGGCAGAUGCAAGCGCGGCUCGCCAGGAACAUCAUCAACGCUGCCCGGAGGAAGAGCUCGUCUCCCAAAGCCGUGGGGCCGGAGGGGUCCCGGCCAUUCACCCCCAUUCCCACUGGCCCCCCUAGUCUGCCCCAGUCCCCUCGGCUGGCGCGGCUGGAGAGCUCCAGAGCCCCGGCACUGCAAGCUGCCAGCAACAUCCUGGGGAGCAUGUGCAGCCCCUCGCCCACCCACAAAUGCCCCCUGCAAUCACCCCAGGCAGAUGGCCCCCAGUUUUGUGCCUCCCCUGGGAUGCCCCGAGCUGCUUGGGCAGAGAGUGGCCGGCUCCUGCUGCCACCCAGCGCGUCCUCCUGCCCUGUCCCCAGGCUGUCCCCCAGCCCCAAGAGCCCCCUGCCAUCCCCCAUGGUAGACGGGCAGUCCCUGGCCAAGCGCUGCACCUCCCGGUCCCCGACAGACUCGGAUGUCUCGCUGGACUCCGAAGAUUCGGGGGCCAAGAGCCCGGGCAUCCACAGCUUCACUCUUUGUCCCCGCGGCUGGACCGGCAGCCUGCGCCUGAAGCCAGGGGGGCUGCCAUCGGGGGCCCCCUGCACCUCCUAGACAAGCCAGCCCUGGCCAUGGCCACCCCCUCUCUGACCCCGCCAGCCUCGGCAAUGCCACCCUCUGACCCCGUGCCAGGAACACCCCAACCCUCGGGGCUGCGGUUCCCAAAAACCAUCAUCCCUGCUCCCUGACUUGGCCCCUUGGCCUGCCGGGGGGGUCAGGUGCCUCCCACCUGCCCGCCAUCCCAUGGCCCUGCUCUAUUUUUACCACCCUAACCUUUUGGGGCAGGAGUGCCUGGUCAGCAGGCAGCACAGGCAGCGCAGGCAGCAUGGGCAGCAGAGGUGAGCCAGCCCCUGGCACGGGUUCGUCCCUCUGCAGCGCCACGCCAUGUAUCAGGGACAGGCUCCGCAAUCCCCUGUAAGUCCCCUGUCCCCAGAGCCAGGGUGUCACUGCAGCUGUGCUUUCCCAGGGUGGUACAGCCAGUGCCGCUGCCCGUGGGCUCAUGGUGUCCCUGCCAGGGUGGGCAGCACCGAGUGGGUGCUGCAGCCAGGGCACCCUUUCCCAGCCUCUCCCAGCCUCCAGAUCUGGCUGGUUUCAACUGAAAUCAGAUUUUGGGGAGGAACAGUCAAUUUUGUAUUCCAGCCCCAAAGGUCUUCAUUGCCUUCUUUUUUUACUUUUGAUUCCUUCUCAAAGAAAUUCCCUCAAGUCUUUCCCCAGUGACCCAAAAGAGAGCCAAAGUUAUUUAUUGCCACAUCAAGGGGACCAUUUACAGGUGCUUUCCCACUCUGCCUGGACGAGAGUGACAGACCCAUCCUGUACCCUGUCACUGUCCCCAUCCCCAGGCUCACCCCAUCCCUGUCCCCACCCCUGUGGGAUGGAGGGACAUGGGUGACCAGCCAUUGCUGUGGCAACCUGAACUGGCGGGAGGACAUGGGGGACUGAGGUGCAGGGCAAAGGAAGCGCUAAAUGUUGCAGAAGGUUUGACGGAGAUGUCAGUGCAGGAGACGAUGCUGAGAGUGUCUUGGGGACAGGCUGAUGUCCCCACGGGGAGCUGCUCAGGGCAGCAGUGUCAGAGUGAAGCUUGAGAGAUGACAGGGAGAGGAGGGAAUCAGGGUGGACACAGUUCCGUGGCAGAGCCUGGGGAGAGCAGUGGAUGCCCAGGGAGAGCAAUGGGUCCCCAGAGCACUUGUCUCCAGCCAUGGGGAGUAGGAGCAGUCGGGGUGCCAGGAGAUGCUACAGCAGUGACAGCAGCUCCCCCCACCAGAGGACACAGCCUUGGUGCUAGUAAGAGCAGCACUUAGGUGGGUGUGCUUGGGCUGCCGGGGCUCUAGCACGUUCCCCUGUCACCCCUUCCUUUUCCCUGGGACACGCCGUUGUCACCAGCCCACCCACGUCCCCCAGGGUCCCACCGCCCUGCAGCCUGCCCCUGCCAGGGCACAGCCCCCGCCUCGCUCACCAGCCACCACGACCCGCCUUUGCCACACAGCUGUGUACCCAGCUCAGAAAUAAACUGCCGUUAUCCCA